AUGCUCAGUCCCCCGGAGAAUAAACUCUCCCGCCGAUCUUUUUCCGUCACCGACGUGGACGACCUCUUGUACGGCGGCGGCAGCGGCGGCGGUGGAAAUUUCUCACCCUCUUGCGACCUCGAUGAGAUGUUGCGGCCAACAAGAGGCAGGACCUCAGGGCUGACGGCUUCGCAGGCGGCGGCCGCUAGAUCUGCUGCCGCACCCGCGUUGGCGGCGGCGGGAGGGGUGGACGGGGGUAGGGUACCCGGCGGCGGGAUUCCGAUGGCGCUAGGGGCUGUGGCGCCGGGGAGGCGGCAGCUUGGACCCCGCGAGCUGCAGGCGCUUCAAGCGGGAUUGCAAGCGCCCGGCCGCCAGAUCAGCGGCGGUGGCGAUCGAGACUUGUCCUCGGAUUCCGAUUUGAGCUCGGAAGAUGAAGACGAUGACGAUGACGAGUUCGGAACUUACUACGCCGGGGAGGCGACGCCGCAACAGCAGCAACAGCAGCAGCAGGAGGUUUUGGGGGGUGAGCCUUUCUGCUCGAGGGACGGGGGAGGGUAUUGGUCGAGGAGGCGGGACGGGGUGGCAGACCAACAUGCUACCGAGUACGACUACCGGGAACAAGAAGAAGAACGAGAAGAAGGCGGAGAUCAUCUGCCCGUGGGGGGCGGUGGUUCGCCACCGGCGGCGGCGAUGCAGCAGCUGCCGGACCCCUUCGCCUACGCCUCCGGGGGGGCGGGCGACGACGAAGUUCUUCCCCCGCACUUGAGCGACGGCGGCAACGGCGGCGGCGGUGGCAUGGGUUCCGGAGUCGUGACGACUUCCAGCUCGUCUCUCUCUCUGC